CCAUUUGCACAAAAACUAUUCUCUUCUGUCCAAAUGUAUGUAAAUAAUUGGUGAGUAGGUCAAUAAGUACGUACAAAUAAAUAAAUGGGGGAAUGUAAAAAAAAAAAAAAAAACAGGAACGUGAAGAAAUUGAAAAGGAAUAUUGUGAAGUCGGAUGAAGAGUCGGCGCUUCAGGAGACAGACCGGUGCUGCACUUUGACCCCAUGACAAUAUUAUCUUGUUGUCUUUUCAUGUCAAUGAUCCUCCAUCUUAUCCUGGGUAUUAUGUGAUAAGUCCGUGAUAUGAAAGCAGCCAGAACAUUUGCUCAACUAUUCAUCCUUCCGACUCAGAUGCGAGAAGAUUUGGGGUGAUACGAAUGAUUUAGAGAGGGUGUACCAAAUGGAGUGUUACGUAACACUUGAUCCCCUGUACAUCAUCAAGUUGUGAGUGACAUUGCGUGUUCAAUGCAGGUGGUUUGUUACUUGUGCGUUACGUGUUGCAUUUUUUGCCGAUUUCAUAUCACGUGUCUGUGAAAUACGGUUGUGUUUCCACGAGGCUGCGUUGCAUUGCGAGUGACGUGCGUUACAUUUGAGUCGGUGUUAAAGAAGGCGUGUCUUGAAGUGUGGCCCAUAAAAAUCUGGCGUGGACAGAAGAGGAGUCAGUAGGGCGAAGCACGCAGUCAGGAUGAGGGCGCUGUUGUUGCUGUGCGCGCUUGUGGGCGUGGCUAGUACUGGCGUACAAGAUGUAAUCCAGAGGAGCGCCCAACGCAGAAAAGCGUCCCUUCUCAACCCGCAGCUAGAGGGCAUCGUUCCGGACCGAGCUCCGGCCCUGCCCGCGGCUCCGGCCACCCCCGCCGACCUGCUGCAACGGGAGACCCUGCCUUCCGACUUCCUGUUCGGCGACAACGUCAACCUGGAGUGGCGGCAGUGGAACGGCUCGCUGCCCAACGGCGCGGUUGCCAUCUACAACGGCUACACAGAGCGUACCGACUACGUGUGCAUGUACAAGUGCGAAGCGGGCUUCUACAACGCCGCCCUGGGGCCCUACUGCCGCUACCCUUACGGGGACGCUGAGUACUACGCCCCCGAGUUCCACGUGCUGGUAAACAGGGACAACUUUGAGUUCCUGGAGUGGAAGGAAGGCUCGUACGGAUCCGUGCCGCCGCACGCGGUGCGGACAUGCCUCGGCGUUGGCAUCUUUGUGGGCAGGAACAAGUACGGCCUCGGCAAGGUGGUGCCCCAGUUUGAGGCCUUCUUCUUGCCGUGGGAGGGCGACGAGUACUGGUACAAGAGGUACCAAGUGUUGACCGUCAACCGGGAUGCGUACACGCAGCACAUCUCCCACGUCCACUACGACCUGGACCGCGUGGCCAUUUUCCAGUACCCACCCGAGACCAUGCGCAUCUCUGCCGUCACCAAUAACGAGUGCCAGGCGGUGAGCAAGACGGUCAGCAUCUCCAAGACCAGCGAGAAGGAGACCACAUGGAACAUCGGCCGUGCCACCAUGUUGGGUAUCACUGGCAGCAUUACGGCCAAGAUCCCAUUGAUCGGCUCGGGCGGUCUGGAGCUGAGUGGCGAGAAGACGCUGCAGUUCUCCCGCGGGACCACCCUGGUGGAGGCCAUCUCCCACUCGGUAUCGGUGGAGCUGACGGUGCCUCCCAACCACUCGUGCAGGGUGCGAAUGGAGGGCCGCAAGGUGAAGGCCGACGUCCCGUACACGGCCCGCCUCAGCCGCACCUACCGCAACGGCGACACCCAGUGGACAUCCGUGUCGGGCACCUAUGACGGCGUCCAGAUUGGAGAGGUGCGCGCCGUGGUGGAUCGCUGCCAGCCUGUGGAGGACGCGCAGCCAUGCCCGUGACCAACGCCGUGUUGUCGUGUGACGCCAGCUCAUUGUUUGCAAUAAAGAUAUGACAAAAAUG